GGGCGGCAGAUGCCAAUUGGCUGUGGGUAAGACCGUGCGUUCAAAGACGCUGAUUGGCUAUUAACCACAAUUGAACUUUUUUGUACACCAGCUGCCAGACUGCGACGACUGGUGAAGCAAAUAAGCAACCCACGCUGAGAAAAAAGCAAAAUCACCAGCAAACAACGAAAUUCUCUUUGCUGCACUCGCGACACGGGUUAUUUUAGAGUGUGGUGUUGUUCGGACUUCGAAAUAAUCGAUAAAUCCACGCAGGAUUGUCCCAAUUGCAGAAUCUUACGACGAUAUACCAGGGCGAUUACCACGCGACCGCGCUCGCAUUUACCACAUCUCCUACACAAUGGCUGCCAUUUCGAUUUCCGCAUUCCCUCGGUUGGGCUCAACACUGUUUUCCUCUGCUUCACAGUGGACUGCACAUACAGGUCGCACCGCAGCGCGGUUUAUCCCGCUGCUAGCAGUCGCUCUCCCUGGAAUCAGCUGGAAGCUGCCGACUUUGGACGACAUCUGGGAGUCUGUGCUACGGGCUGUUCCCAAGAAUAAGGUCUCUCAUUCGCGUAAGAGACAUAGGCAGAUGGCCGGCAAGGCCCUAAAAGACGUUACAAGCUUGAACAAGUGCCCUGGCUGUGGUGGAGAGAAACGAUCUCACAGACUUUGCCCGCAUUGCUUAGAAGAUUUCAAAGACGUAUGGCGACAGGAGAAGCGUGCCGGAGGCGAAAGCGCAUAGUCACGAUGCUACACCCCUGCGAUAUCAACCACUGUUGGCAAAACAACAACUCUACAAAUGUACAAAAAUGGUCCCUUUCUGUUAUAUAUCAUGCAGAUCUUGCAUAACUGGCGUUCCUGGGCUCAUGGCUUUUGUAUUCCUGUACUAUACACAAUAAAAUAAUCUAUCAGAAUAGAAUUGAAGCAGAGGCGUGCUCUCCAGCUUUACCAUUUUACUUGGAUUAGCAAUAUAAUCCACUUCAUGUCAG